AUGCGGCUGCGGUGCCGUGGUCCGAAGGGACAGACGAACCUGACGAAUAUCACAGCGGAAACCACGGGCGACGAGCUGCUGCGGGCCGUGAUCGCUCAGUGUGGCCUCACGGACGCGAAUCCCGCGCAGGUCGAGCUCGCAGCGGGAUUCCCUCCGACCGCCAUCGAUCUCUCAGAUGGCCAGAAGACGCUCGCGCAGCUCGGAGUGCAGGACGGAGACACCCUGGUGGCGAAAAUAGCCGCAGAGGUCCGGAGACCCGUCGCCGGCGCCGCGCCUGCCUCUGGCGCACGCACGGCGUCGGAGGGCGGUCCGGCGGGGUCCGCGCUCGACUCCGUCCCGCUGAACGACGGCACGGCGGCGCGCCUGGUCCGGCGGCAGGUGCCGUCGGACAACAGCUGUCUGUUCCGCUCGAUAGGGUACGUGCUGGAGAAGACCAUGGACGCGGCGGGGAAGAUGCGGGCGACGGCGGCGCAGGUGGUGAGCAGCGACGCCACGACGUACAACGGCGCGUUCCUCGGGCGCGAGAACGAGGAGUACGUCGCGUGGAUCCUCGACGACAUAAACUGGGGCGGCGCGAUCGAGCUGUCGAUCUUUUCGCAAGUGUUUUUGACGGAGAUCGCGGCGUUCGACGUUCAGACGCGGCGGGUCGACGUGUACGGCGAGGGGAGCGGGCACGAGCAGCGCGUCAUGGUCGUCUACAACGGCAUCCACUACGACCCGCUCGUCGUCGUCGAGAAGCCCGGCGCGCCGCAGGAGGAGGACGUGGCGCUGCUGGAGGUCGGGUCCGCGCGGUGCGACGCGGCGAUGGCGGCGGCCGCGGAGCUGGUGCGGUCCUGCAACGAGCAGCGGAAGUUCACCGACGUCGCGGGCUUCUCGCUGAGGUGCGGGGUGUGCGAGAAGGGCCUCAAGGGGCAGAAGGAGGCCACGGAGCACGCAGCGGCGACGGGACACGCGAAUUUCGUCGAGUUCUGA